AUGUCAAAAGUUGCGAGAGAUCAGCUCGUGAAGCUGAUUGUUGGUGCCGGCCAGGCCAGCCCCAGCCCCCCCGUUGGUCCGGCGCUGGGUAGCAAGGGUGUUAAAUCGAUGGAUUUCUGUAAGGAGUUCAAUGCGCGUACACAACACAUCAACACCGGAACACCGCUGCCCUGCAGGGUUAUUGUUCGCGGAGACCGAUCGUUCCACUUUGACAUUCGCACACCACAGACCUCGUGGCUGCUUCUGAACGCUGCCGAAGUCGAGGUCGGGCAGAAGGGUCGGAGGAAAGGCGCCAGCACCCCCGGCCACCAGACGGUCGGCACCGUCAGCCUGAAGCACAUUUACGAGAUCGCAAAGAUCAAGCAAACCGAACCGCGUCUAUCGGGUCUCAGCACGAGGGGUCUUUGCCGAGCCAUCAUCUAUCAGGCAAGGUCGAUUGGCGUCAAUGUUGUACCAUGA